AAGAGGAGGAAGCUGAGGGUCGCUAUUGUCACUGAGAACAUGCUGCCCAAGGUCGAUGGCGUCACCCGCACACUAGCGCGUUUGCUGGAGCAUCUGAACGCUGAAGGGCACGACGCUAUGGUUUUGGGACCCGAAACAGGCGUUCGCGAAUACGCCGGUCACCCUGUAGUUGGCACCUUCGGACUGCCCCUGAUCAUCUAUCCAGGCCUCAAGCUCAACUUCACAAGACCCCGCUUCAUCAGGCGCCUGCAUCAAUUCAAGCCAGAUGUCGUCCACUUCGUCGACCCGAUCUGGCUUGGCGCCCAAAUGCUGCCCAUCGUACAAAAGUGGCUCCCAGACGUGCCCUGCGUUGCCUCGUACCACACGAAUCUGCCUACGUACGCAGCCCUCUUCGGCAUGCCCUGGCUCGAGUCGACGAUGUGGAAGCUCACCCGCGCCCUUCACUCGCGCUGCGAGCUCACCUUCUGCCCCUCGGAAUCCACUCGCUCCAUGCUACUGGAAAAGGGUCUCAAGAACGUCCUCAUCUGGUCUCGCGGCGUAGACACCUCCCUCUUCACUCCCGCAGCACGCGACGAGAACCUGCGCGCGGGAUGGGGAUGCUCACCCGCCGACGCUGAGCAACGUCGACAUCACGAGGCAGCGGUCCAGCAGGCGGGCGUGAGCGCAAUGGCCCAAAAGCUGGGCUUGACGAUGUCUGGGCCAAAUGGGAAGAGGGACGAGAGCUUCAUCAAGACGCCCGUAGCUUCUCCUGAGCUCAGCCCCCCUCCGGCGUACGAGAGUCUUGCGGGGAUUCCAGACUUGCCCCUCAAUGGCUUCGCCCUUCCACCACCGGCUUUCGUCCACCAAAUCGAGAAGAACAACCUCAUUGACGCCAGCGCCUCUUCCGGGGAGGGUAAGACCGUCCUCCUCUACGUGGGCCGCAUCUCAUGGGAAAAGAAUAUUCGCCUCCUCAUUGAGGCCUUCAAGCUCCUGCCCCCUUCUGUCCGGUCCAAAGCCAAGCUAGUCGUCGUAGGCGACGGACCAGCUCGUGCUGACCUCACGAGGCUCAGCAAGAAGCUCGGGCUGGAUGUAGCUUUCAUGGGCCACCAGAAGGGGACAAGGCUGGCGGCGAUGUACGCCUCAAGUGAUAUCUCGGCCUUCCCGAGUCACACAGAGACCUUCGGACAGGUGGUGUUGGAAGCAUUGGCUUGUGGGCUGCCCGUUGUGGGGCUCCAUGCCCAGGGAACGUCGGAUCUGGUGACGCAUGGUAGGACAGGCUUGUUGCUGGACGUGGCCAAGGCGGCGAAGGGUAGGGGAGUGCCGGGCAGCCCGCCACGAGUCGCCGUAGAAGGGAGGCCAUUGAUGCAGCGAAGUGCUACCGAUGGGAGGAGCCCAUCGAUGUCUCCUGCUAGCAAGCCGGCUAGGACAACGCCUGGUCUGCCGGUGCCUAUUCCGGAGCCUGCCGAGUUCGCGACAGCCAUGGCUGCUGGUACAUCCGCCUUCACCUCGUGUGCUCGCUCAUACAGCAUGCAUCUGGAGCGUCUCAUCUUGGACCGCAAGCUGCGCAUGACCAUGGGACGCCAAGCUCAGCUCGAGGCCGGGCGCCGUACCUGGUGGGACGCCAUGGACGCGGUAGUCUGCGGUUACGAGGAAGCCAUUGCCAGACGCUCGACUCCACGCAGCCAGAGGCUGAGCGAUGAGGAGCUGGAGAGAUUGAGGGAUCGUCAGAGCAAGCAGGCGCCGCUGACUGGUGGCUGGGUCAAGUUGGCUGUGCUGCUGCUCUUGAUUCUAUUC